AUGUUUUUUGAAACUCGUAAAUUUUUACCAUUAUUUGUUGGAAUUAUGACAGGAGUUAUUGUUAUCUCACUAAAAUCUAAAUAUGAAAAUAAAGUUAUUCUAUGUACAAAUGAUAAAUCCAGAAAAAAACAUGCUGAUUUACAUUCUAAGAUAGGAAAACAAUAUGAAAUUCAAUCAGACCUAAAUAAAGCGGUCAAACAAACUUACUUACUGAAUACAGAAGAAGCUGAAAAAUUACGUUCAUCUAUUCGUAUAUUAUGUUACAUUAAUACAAUACCGAAAACACAUAAAACCAAAGCUAUUUAUGCUAAAAAUACUUGGGCAAAACGUUGUACAAAAUAUAUAUUUAUGAGUAGUGUAUAUGACAAGGAAUUACCAACAGUUAAGUUAAAUUUAAGUUAUCCAGAAAGUCGUCAACAUUUGUGGAGUAAAAUGCGAGCAAUUCUUCGUUAUGUCUAUCAAUAUCGAAAUGAUUAUGAUUAUUUUUUAAAAGCAGAUGAUGAUACCUUUGUAAUCAUGGAGAAUUUAAGAUCUGUUUUACAUCAGCAUAAUCCUAAAGAUCCAUUUAUGAUUGGUUAUAAUUUUCCUUACCUUACAAAAAAUGGUUAUUUCUCUGGAGGUGCAGGUUAUGCCCUCUCACAAGAAGCAUUAAAGCGUAUUGUUGAACAAGCUAUUGACAAGCAUCCAAGUUGUCCGACGUAUGAUGAAGACAAAGAAGAUGUGAAAUUAAGUAUGUGUGGUCAACCAGUUGGUGUAAAACUAUAUCAUAUGGUUGAUUUAAAUGGAACUUUUCCAUUCACCUGGCGAAGAGAACAAAGAAAUUAUUAUCUUUUCCAAUGGCGCAGUCUUGAAGGUGAAUUUAUUAGCUUGGUUCAUCCAAAGAAAAGCGCUAAAAAUUCUAAAUCUCCAACAAGUACAUCAAAAACGGCUGAUCAUCUUCAUGAUCCAAGUGAUUUGCUCAGUGAUCACUUGAUUAGCUUGCAUUAUGUUCAGCCAUUCUACAUGUAUUUACUGGAAUUUGUUUUAUAUUACUUGAGACCGAUUCAAGAAAUGGAUUAUUUGAAUGUAUAA